GGUGCCGCCGAGCCGGCCCCGGCCCCGGGGAUAAAGUCGGGAGAAGGAGCGGAGAAAUGUGAGCGAACCGGGGCAGCUGCGGCGGAGGAAGCGGAGAGGGAGAGAGGAAGGAGCGGCGAAGGGGGAGGAAAGGGAACAAAGGCAUCGCCGUCCACGAGGGACCCCCGGGGCCCCCGUGCAGGGGUACGAGGCUCCGGGAGGCCGGUACCGGCCGGUGCGGGGGGAUCCGCGUGGCUCCUGCCCUCGCUGCCCCGCACGCUCCGGGCCCCUUGGAACCGGGAGCAAAACUAUCGAGAUUUCCAAGUGAAAUUCCGGAGGAAAUUUCAAGAGCAUCCGGAUCCGGAGAAAGAGAGAAAGAGGAAGGGAGAAAUAAAUCAAAGCGUGGAGAAGAGCCCUGGCGGCUGCAGAAGGGACGGGAGAGACAGCAGCUGACACCCGGCAGAGAUGGGGGAGCAGCCAAUCUUCAGCACCAGGGCCCACGUCUUCCAGAUCGACCCUGCCACCAAACGGAACUGGAUCCCGGCCAGCAAACACGCUCUCACUGUCUCCUACUUCUUCGAUGCCACCCGCAAUGUGUACCGGAUCAUCAGUGUGGGGGGCACCAAGGCAAUCAUCAACAGCACCAUCACCCCCAACAUGACCUUCACCAAGACAUCCCAGAAGUUUGGGCAGUGGGCAGACAGCCGAGCCAACACCGUGUACGGGUUGGGCUUUGCUUCCGAGCAGCAUCUCUCCCAGUUUGCAGAGAAGUUCCAGGAAGUGAAGGAAGCAGCUCGUCUGGCGAGGGAGAAAUCCCAGGAUAAAACAGAGCUGACCAACCCUGCCCUGAGCAUCACAUCUCACCAGGUACUUCCCAGCCCCAUCAUCAGCUCCAAUGGGCCAGGAGAAGAUAAACUAUUCCGAAGCCAAAGUGCCGACGUGGAGGUAACAACGGAGAAGGAGCGGCUGAAGAAGAUGCUCUCUGAAGGUUCUGUGAGUGAGGUCCAGUGGGAGGCCGAGUUCUUCAGCCUCCAGGACAACAACAACAAGCUCGUGGCUGCUCUCCACGAAGCCAACGCCAACGUGGACCAGUGGAAGAAGCAGUUGGCUGCUUACCAGGAGGAGACGGAAACGCUGCGGCAGCGGGUGGCAGAACUGGAGUCACAGGGCACUCAGGAUUCCUCCAGUGAGAACAACAAGGAAGAGCUAAACCAAACCCUGGAGGAGCUGGAACUACUGAUCAAGGCUAAAGAUGAGGAGAUCCAGAUGCUCAAGAGCCAGAAGUGUGGCCGAUGGGAAACAGAGGGCGAGCGUGAGGAGACACUGCAGAAGCUGCAGGAGCUGGAGACCCGCAAUGCGGAGCUGGAGCAGCGCCUUCACCUGGCAGAGCAGAGCCUGGCCGAGAGCCUGGCCGAGAGGGAGAAGAUGCAGAACGAGGUCACCAAGGUGGCGGAGAUCAUGGAUGUGAAGAUAUUCGAGCUCAGUGAGAUCCGGCAGGGACUGGCCAAGCUGGUAGAGAGCAAUUGAAGCAGCAGCUCCCUCAGAGGAGACACCUCCAGAGGAGGGGAACCUGAGCUGGGACGGUCACAGCACCAUCGAGGUCUGGUGGGGCCGGACAAGCCAACGUCCCAGCAGCUGCCUGGACACUGUGGAGACCAAGCCCAGGCACUGACUGCCCCCAGAGCACCCAGAGAGCACCUGAGCUCCUGCAUCCUCCUCAGGGAGCAUGGCCAAGUCCGAGCUCUCUGCACCCUGCCAUGGCUGUGGCAUGGUCCAGAGGGAGCUGCCAUCCCCGAGCUGCCCUCCCAGCCCCUGCUGCUGCCUUGGGAGGCUCCUGGGGGAAGGGGCAGGUUUUGUUUUAUAGGGAACCAUUUGCCUUUUGCAGACCAGCUGCCUGUGUCCCAUGCGGGCAGGGAGCAGCACUUGCAGCACAGCAGGGGCAAGAGCUGCUCCUUUUCCUCCUCCCCAGCCCUAUCUACACUGUGUCUUUCCAAGGGGAUCCAGUAACACCUCCAGAGGUAGCAGUGGCCCCACUGCCCACAAGGGUCCUGGCCUGAACAUGUUUCCUUUUCCACUGUUGAGUCGCAUCCUCCAGAGGAGACAGAACUGUGGGGUUUAAAGCUCUUAUUAGCUCAGCACAGUGGGAUUGAAGGACUUGUUAGAGCUGGGAAGAGCAGAGGCUUGGCUGGGAAAGGGGCAGUUGAGAAAUGGGACAUGCCUGAGGGGAUGGCCAACAAACUGCUCCAUUGGCACCAGUCCCGGCCUCUGAGGGCUGCACUCAAUUGGGAUUAAAUGGAGCAAGUCACAG